UCCCCGGGCUCAUUUGCAUGGCCCCGCCCCCUCAGUGACACGGCUGGCGCGGGCGGGCCCGUCCCCCUGCCCCUGGGUCGCUCUUUUUAAGCUCCCCUGAGCCGGGGCUGCGCUCCUCUAAUUGGGACUCCGAGCCGGGGCUAUUUCUGGCGCUGGCGCGGCUCCAAGAAGGCAUCCGCAUUUGCUACCAGCGGCGGCGGAGGAGCCAGGCCGGUUCUCAGCGCCCGGCACCGUCGCUCCCGGCAGCCCGGAGCGCGCACCGCAGGCCGGCGGCCGAGCUCGCGCAUCCCAGCCAUCACUUCUCCACCUGCUCUGCAGACAAGGGAAGAUGAGUGAGUCGAGCUCGAAGUCCAGUCAGCCCUUGGCCUCCAAGCAGGAAAAGGACGGCACUGAGAAGCGAGGGCGGGGCAGGCCACGCAAGCAGCCUCCGGUGAGUCCCGGGACAGCGCUGGUAGGGAGUCAGAAGAGCCCCAGCGAAGUGCCAACACCUAAGAGACCUAGGGGCCGACCAAAGGGGAGGCAAAAACAAGGGCGCUGCCAAGACCGGAAAACCACCACAACUCCAGGGAGGAAACCAAGGGGCAGACCCAAAAAACUGGAGAAAGAGGAAGAAGAAGGCAUCUCGCAGGAGUCCUCGGAGGAGGAGCAGUGACCAACCGCCCACUCGCCUCGAGGAGCAGCGUCCUGGGACUGGACAGCCUCGCUCCACCCCCACCGCCUCUGCCCCCUCCCCCAGGUCCGCACAUCAACAGCCCCUCCUGGCACCCCCACCCACACCCUCAC